GACAGAGUGAGUGCAUGUGUGGCUGAGACUGAGAUGCUUAAAUCAAAACUCUUCACAGAAAGCAUAACAAAAAAUUGAGAGGGAAGAUCAUUAUUACAAGUGAUCAUUGAUCAUGUGCUCAAGCCAUUGUUGACAGCACCUAUAGAAGAAGAAACGUUCCUGACGCCAAAGUAACUAUGGAGAUGUCUUUGCAACUAAACCGCCAUCCAAUAACAGCUACAAUUGGCUACCAGUCUUCACCAUGCAAGGCAGGUUGGGGUGCUUAUUGCAUCAAUGCUAGUGCAGAUUUUUCACGGAGUAGACAACAGAAGAAGGUGUCCCUUGCAAGGCCCAAUGGUCCUGGUCCUUCUUCAAAGGGUUUCAACCAAAAAUCGCCUAUUGGAACAAGCAGCCAUAACAGGAAUAAAAAGAAUGCUAGAGUCAAGAGGGGAGAUUCAUUAACUCCAAUGGUUAGUGAGAUUUCAGGUGAUGAUAAUAAACAAACACUUGAUGUGAAUAUUGAUGCUGAUAAGGAAGAGGCAGUUGAAAUUUCCCAGGAGGGAAAUUUUGAGGUUGUAGAUAGAGCUGAUGGAAGUGCUGGGGAGGCAGGUGAAUUAUCAUUGCUAGAUGAGGCAUUGAGUGUUGUUAAGAGCAAUCAAGGUGGGGAAAUUAGAAACAUUUCUGUAAUUGAUGAGGAUGUUGAUGUUCUCAAAUUACAGAAAGAGGAAAUUUCUUACAUUGGGGGUGUUAGGAAUGUUAUAGAUUCAGAGGAAAGGACAAUAGACUAUGCAGAAGUUGAUGAAAACGCUAAAGAAACAAAUACUGAUGCUGAUGGUGAAAUAAUUGAGGAAGCCAUUGAGGAAACAGGCACUGCUUCUGAUGAUAGAAUAAAUGAGGAAGCUUCUAAGUUGUUGAAGUUAGAGUUGGAAGCAAAUUUGCGCAGGCAGGAAAUAGAAAGGAUUGCAGAGGAAAACCUUUCACAAGGGACCAAGCUGUUUGUAUAUCCUCCUGUGGUUAAACCUGAUCAAGAUGUAGAAGUGUUCCUUAAUAAGAACCUUUCAACACUAAGUGAUGAACCAGACAUUCUAAUCACGGGGGCAUUUAAUGAUUGGAGGUGGAAAUCUUUUAGCAUUAAGUUGAUUAAGACACGUCUCAAGGGUGAUUGGUGGUUUUGCCAUGUGCAUGUGCCAAGAGAAGCUUACAAAGUAGACUUUGUGUUCUUCAAUGGACAAAAUGUCUAUGACAAUAAUGACCAAAAAGACUUCUGCAUACAUGUUGAUGGUGGAAUGGAUGCAUUAGCAUUUGAAGAUUUCUUGCUUGAGGAGAAACGCAAAGAAUUAGAAAAACUUGCUAAGGAGCAAGCUGAAAGGGAAAGACAGGCCGAAGAGCAAAGGAGAAUAGAAGCAGACAAAGCUGCAAAGGAAGCGGACAGGUCACAGGCAAGGAUGGAGGUUGAAAAAAGGCAAGAAAUGCUGCUGCAAUUGAUGAAAAAUGCUUUAAUAUCCAUUGAUAAUGUUUGGUAUAUUCAACCUAGUGAAUUUAAGGGCAAGGACUUGGUCAGAUUAUAUUAUAACAGAAGCUCAGGUCCUCUUGCACAUGCUAAGGAAAUAUGGAUUCAUGGUGGGCAAAAUAAUUGGGAGGAUGGAUUAUCAAUUGUUGAAAGGCUUGUCAAAUCUGUUCUAAAAGACGGUGAUUGGUGGUAUGCUGAUGUUGUUGUACCUGACCAAGCUCUUGUCCUGGAUUGGGUCUUUGCUGAUGGUCCACCUCAAAACGCAGUUGUGUAUGAUAACAACCAUAAUCAAGACUUUCAUGCUAUCGUCACUAUGGCUAUACCUGAUGAACAGUAUUGGGUUGAGGAAGAGCAGUUCAUAUACAGAAAACUCCAGGAGGAGAGAAAAUUAAGAGAGGAAGUCAUACGUGCAAAGGCUGAAAAAACAGCACAAAUGAAAGCUGAAAUGAAGGAAAGAACUCUGAAAAGACUUUUGCUUUCUCAAAAGCAUAUCGUCUUCACUGAGCCUCUUGAUGUUCAAGCAGGGAGCAAAGUGACAGUAUUUUAUAACCCCUCCGACACAAAUCUGAACGGAAAACCUGAGGUUUGGUUUAGAUGUUCAUUUAAUCAUUGGUCUCACCAUAACGGUCCACUGCCACCUCAGAGAAUGUUGCCUGCAGACAAUGGCACUCACGUCAAAGCCUCUGUUAAGGUUCCACUGGAUGCAUAUAUGAUGGACUUUGUAUUCUCCGACAGUGAAGAGGGUGGAGUUUUUGAUAACAAACUUGGAAUGGAUUAUAACAUACCUGUUUUUGGAGGUAUUUUAAAGGAACCACCUUUGCAUAUAAUCCAUAUUUCUGUUGAGAUGGCCCCAAUUGCAAAGGUUGGAGGCCUUGGUGAUGUUGUUACUAGUCUAUCCCGGGCUGUUCAGGAAUUAAAUCACAACGUGGACAUCAUUCUUCCAAAGUAUGAUUAUUUGAACCUUAGCAAUGUACAGGACUUUCAAAAUUACAAAAACUAUUUCUGGGGUGGGACUGAAAUAAAAGUAUGGCAUGGAAAGGUUGAAGGCCUCUCUGUCUACUUUUUGGAGCCUCAAAAUGGAUUCUUUCAGGUUGGCUGCAUAUAUGGUCGUGGGAAUGAUGCAGAGAGAUUUGGAUUUUUUUGUCAUGCAGCUCUUGAAUUUCUACUCCAAAAUGGAUUUCAUCCUGAUAUCAUCCAUUGCCAUGAUUGGUCGAGUGCUCCGGUUGCAUGGCUAUUUAAAGACAAAUAUGCACAUUAUGGUCUUAGUAAAGCACAAGUUGUCUUCACAAUUCAUAACCUUGAAUUUGGAGCCCAGUUUAUUGGAAAAGCCUUGACAUACUCAGACAAGGCUACAACGGUCUCCCCCACUUAUUCAAGGGAGGUUGCUGGGAAUCCUGUAGUUGCUCCUCAUCUUAGCAAGUUCCAUGGUAUAAUAAAUGGAAUUGACCCAGAUAUAUGGGACCCAUAUAAUGAUAACUUCCUUCCUGUAUCAUACACAUCAGAAAACGUUGUUGAAGGAAAAAGAGCUUCCAAGGAAGCCUUGCAACAAAUGCUAUGUUUAAAAAAAGCUGAUCUUCCUUUAGUAGGAGUUAUUACUAGAUUGACUCAUCAGAAAGGGAUCCAUCUCAUCAAACAUGCCAUACGGCGCGCCCUAGAACGUGGUGGACAGGUUGUAUUACUUGGUUCCGCUCCAGAUCCUCGUAUCCAAAAUGAUUUUGUGAAUUUGGCCAAUGAAUUGCAUUCCUCUUAUAGUGAUCACGCUAGACUUUGUCUAGCAUACGAUGAGCCUCUUUCACACUUGAUAUAUGCUGGUGCUGAUUUCAUUCUAGUUCCUUCAAUAUUUGAGCCAUGUGGACUCACUCAACUCAUAGCAAUGAGAUACGGUUCAAUACCUGUUGUUCGAAAAACUGGAGGACUUUACGACACGGUAUUUGACGUUGAUCAUGAUAGGGAUAGAGCACAAGCACAAGGUCUUGAGCCAAAUGGAUUUAGUUUUGAUGGAGCUGAUGCUGGAGGUGUUGAUUAUGCUCUUGAUAGGGCAAUAUCAUCGUGGUAUGACAGCCGUGAUUGGUUUAACGCUUUAUGCAAGACGGUGAUGGAGCAAGACUGGUCUUGGAACCGUCCUGCUCUUGAUUAUUUGGAACUUUACCAUGCAGCACACAAGUCAGCUUGAGAUUUCAAUGGACAGGAUGUGAAAUGCAAAUUAAUAUUUAUCCCCUUUGUACAGCUUUUGUCUCAAGCUUUAGUCCAAGAGUAAUUAGUUGCAUAUAGUGAAACCUUAUGAAAGAUAGUUAACUGCAAGGUGGCAUCAGUUUGUACAGACGAGCCUCAUACGGUUCAUUCUUUUGUUGGCACGCAAUGAUAUAGGUAAGUUAUAGAAUAUUUUUAGUAUAUGCUACGAAAUCAUGUUUUUACAAAGCUGAACUUGUGAAAUGCAUUGCAGAAUAAUAGAUCAAUAUGUGCAACUUGUUUUUUGUGCAUUACAGAAUUGAAAAUUAGGAGUAGAAAGCCAUUUUUUU